AUGUCCCUCUCCCCCGAAAUCUCGGAUGAAAACACCCCUAACCCUAGAUCAAUUCCCCUCCGUGCCGCCGGACAUUUCAUCCCCGCCGCCGGACAUGUCCACCGCCGCCAGCCACCUCACUCCGGCCAAUCGCGGCCAGCCACCUCAGCGCCGCCGCCUCCCUCAGCCAACCCCGCGCCGCCAAGUGGAGCGCGUCGUCCUCCCCGCGCCCUCCUCCACCGCGGCCCGCGGGAGCCCACAGUCGGCCCGCUCCGGGCCGCAUCUGGGCCCGCCGGCCCGCGCGUCGCCGCCCGCGCCCCGUCGCGCCCCACCGCCGCCGCGCCUCCCCGCGCCUCGCUGAUCCAGCACCGCCGUCCCGUCCUCCGGCCACCGAGCGCCGCCGCCCCGCCGCCCGGCGAGGUCUGCCGCCGCCCCGAAGCCCCACCGCCCAACCGCGCCUCUCCCUCCGCCGCCGAGCCACACCACGUCGUGCGCCUCGCCGCCGCCUCGCCUGCUCGCCGCAUCCGCCCGGAUCCCGGUCGGAGGAGGUCCCCCGUCGCCGGAUCUGCCGGCGACUUCCUCGCCGCCCGGGGCUCCUCUGCCUCCGCGUCCGCGCCCGACCCGAUCCGCGUUGACCCCGCGAGCCGGAGUGCUGCCUAA